GCAGGAAACUGCUGUCAGACAUGAAGUAACUUAUAUCGAUGUACUCACCCACGGAUCUUCAGCAUCUCACAACUACCCAUCAUCGAAAAUUUACACACCAUGACCACUGAGCUGGUUGCCUACAUGCGACUCUCCCAGUACAAAGCUCUUUGGCGAACCCUCUACAGCUCGGCGUACGGUUUUGGAGAGCGCAAGCUAAAGCUCUACAUGACUUCUGGUCAAUCUGGUUUCGUCAUCGAGAUGCCUAUUGUCUGCCACUACGAAGAGAACGUACCUAUUCUCUCCACCCGGAGCGUAUCCAAAUCGGAGUGGUCAACACUUUGCAAGCUCAUCUCAGAUGAGAGCGUGCUGAGGGUUAUCUUCUUCGAUCAGGCGCACGACUUCCUUGCGCGAAUCACCUCGGUCGGCGCAAAACCACCUAAAGUCGACCUCUACCAGGUCAAGUUUCGUUGGCAGGAUGACGACGAGGUCGCUCUCGCUCUGAGAAAGGGCAUCAAAUGGAUUUCCGAAAUCCUCGAGUGAAAUUGAGGGACACAAUCUGUCGUCUACACCAAAUUACUCUACUGAGGUCUCUGCAUCUUCCCUUAUACCUCGAAAAUCUACAAAACAGACUUUUGGGACGAAACACAAACCUCAGAUGACCUCCAUUGUCUCCGGAACAGUCAAGCGCAAGCGACUCCGGACUCACCUAAUGGUCCACGGGUCGGGCCGAGUCGCUAGAGAGAGACUUUGGUAACAACGCUCUGUUCAUAAGGGCCUCCAAAAAAAGAACAAAUCGUGGCAGGCUCAUCUUCACGGGUGUCAUGCAGCCACUGAACGCUCAUUUUCAGUGGAAAGCCCUCAGCGAGACUGCGAUUGGAAUAUGACGUCUUAUCAGGACGCGGGCACAGUCUGUAUCUAUAUGC